AUGGCGGACAUCUCCGCCACGCCCAGCAGCGAAAAAAUGGCCAAUCCGAUCACCGACUACUCUGGCGAUCCCGUCACUCUCGACGACAACCUCGGCCUGCGCCCUCGCGCCCGCGCCGUCUCCGGCCUGCGCCCCUGCGCCCGCACCAUCUUCGGCUCAGCGCCGCCCAUCAUCCAGCUCGCCCUCUCCAUCGCCACCUCCAUCUUUGUCGUCACCGUCGACUUUGUCCACUACUUUCUCACUGCCGCCCGCCGGCUCGUUGUGUGCGCUCGCGAGCGGUUCACCGCCGCUUGCGCUCUCUCUGCGGCUCCGAGUCUUGGCGCGAGCCACGCAGGCUCCGAAGUCUACUGCGUUUUCACCAUCCUGCUCACCGUCAUCCUCGCCGUCGCUGUUUCUGGACCAACACCAGCGUGGAGCCAGGAGACGGUUGCGGGCGCCGGGGCGGGGGCAGGCGGCAGCGUCGACUCGCGCGCCACUCAGCGCGGCUUCGCGGCGCACGCGUCGUCGCUGGGGUCCGCCCCGCCGGCAAACUCGCACCACGACCUCGACCUCGACGACGACGACAUCUGA